AUGACCAGCCUCCUCCUUCUCAGCCGACUCAACCUCCCCGAGCUUGCUAAAGGAAAGCGAGUGAACAUUUACACGGAUAGCCGAUAUGCUUUUGCAACGGCCCACAUCCACGGGGCCAUAUACCGCCAGCGGGGGCUUCUGACCUCCGCAGGAAAAGAAAUAAAACACAAACAGGAAAUCCUCCAGUUGCUCGCUGCAGUUAUGUUGCCCCAGAAGGUGGCGAUAAUACACUGUAACAGUCACCAGAAAGGGACUGAUCCCGUCACAAGGGGAAACAACCUGGCCGAUCAGGCAGCAAAAUCUGCAGCCAUGGGAGACUCACAGAUGUUGGUGACUGAUGUCAAAGAUUCUCCUCAAAAGGAGAAAGCUCAGAUUAACCAAACCCCUAAAACACCUGAUUUGACUGCUUACAUACAACAGGCCCACCGGCUCACUCAUUUGGGAGCUAAAAAGCUAAGCCUACUGGCCCAACGCCAAGACUUCCCAGGGGCAUCCCCCACUGCCAUACGUCAGGUCGCCAAUCGGGUGGUGGCUAAUUGUGAGGCAUGUCAAUUGACCAAUGCCUACCCUGCCAAGCUGGCCCCCGGCAAAAGGCUACGCGGCACCAGACCUGGACAAUACUGGGAAGUGGACUUUACAGAAGUUAAGCCUGCCCGAUGCGGACUAAAAUAUCUGCUAGUUUUUGUAGACACCUUUUCUGGAUGGACUGAGGCUUUUCCUACCAAAAAGGAAACCGCUGCCGUGGUAACAAAAAAAUUGAUGGAAGAAAUAUUUCCCCGGUUCGGAUUGCCAAAGGUAAUAGGGUCUGAUAAUGGACCGGCGUUUGUGGCUAAGGCUCAUCGCCCUUGACAACCUGCAGAGGGACGUGUGGACGCAGCUA